AUGAACCCUACCAAGAAAACAUUUGAAGAAUCAAUUGAUGAACUUAAAGAAACAGUUUUAGAUCAACUAAAGGAAAGAGAAUUCUUUGAAGAAAGUAUAACAUUUGAUAGAAAUCACUUA